UUUGAAGACCAUAAACAAUCCUCGGCCUGGCAAGUGACCGUUUUAUGUCAUUUACCCCGCUGUGCGUCACACUGGAUCAGAACAUUAGCAAAAUGUCCAACUAAUGAAUUUAGAGAUUAGAUGCCUUCUGCUCUUCAAUAUUUUUUCCCACAGGAUGAUGAUGUGAAGAUGAAUGACUUACACCAUUAGCCAGCAUGACGGAAAAUGUCAAGAAACAAUGCGCAACAACAGAGGGUUGUUGGUGAGUGAAAUUUGCCGCCUCCCCCAUUUGACACACCCUGUAUAAAACCCUGGCGACGCUUGGAGGCUGACACAAGAGCUUGGAAAACAUCACAAGUCACCUCCAGGCAUAAUCUUCAUCUUCUAACAACGAUUCUCUGCUGGGAUGUCGCUGGUUGUGGUCCUCUGCCUGCUGGCUUGCGUUCACUCGGGCAUUGAUGCGUAUCCACGCAAGCCUGUCAGCCCCAAAGAAGGAGCACCCCCGGAGGAAUUGGCCAAAUACUACUCUGCACUCCGACACUACAUCAACCUCAUUACGAGGCAGAGAUAUGGAAAACGAGACAUUCCGGAUACAAUGUUUUCUGAUGUGUUUGUAAAGGAGAGCACAGAGGCCAUCCCCGACUCCAGUUAUGGCAGGUACGAUGAGCUGCCAGUGUGGUGGUGAUGAUGCUGGAGUUACUUAAAACGUUUCAUUUGGGUUUAGCUGUCAGUUGUGUUGCAUGAAAUAUUGUGUUUACGAGAAGUGCGUGUAUAUUGUAAUUUAAUCAUGUUUAUCCGCGUCUUCUGGUCCAAUUUGCAGCGUCUUUUGUGAAGCAGUGCCCUCUAGUGGCGGACUUUGGUACAUUUAUAUUUUGGUACUGCAGCAAACCAUUUGAUUGUGUUUUGUGUUUGAGACAGGAAUAAAAUCUAAAAAUGACCAACAGUUAUGAAUACAAAUAAACUUUUAUUUGGAUAAUUUUAAUGUAACUUUUACGUGUUAUCCAUUUGAAACAAAUCAUUGAAGUAGAAAUUCUUUUUAUGUAAGUGCAGGGCAAAUGCUCAUACUGCAUAAUGUUAUGAAUUAAUUGCCUUUUUUUUAGCACUACACUACUGUGUUUUAUUUUUUGGUGGUGACACUUGGUGGAAAAAGUUUGAGAACUGUUCCAUGUCAACUGUGAAUUUCGUUUAAAUAAAUGUGAAAAUAGACAAAAUGGUA